UGCUGGGUGCACUGCACUGGUGGUAGCUGUGGUGGCAAGGAAGUUAGAACUUACCAAAGCUGAAAAACAUGUGCAUAAUUUCAUGAUGGACACCCAGCUAACUAAAAGAGUGAAAAAUGCAGCGGCCAAUGUACUCAGGGAAACAUGGUUAAUUUAUAAAAAUACAAAGCUGGUUAAAAAGAUAGACCAUGCAAAAGUAAGGAAACAUCAACGCAAAUUCUUGCAAGCUAUUCACCAAUUAAGAAGUGUAAAAAUGGAACAAAGGAAACUGAAUGAUCAAGCCAACACUUUGGUGGACCUGGCAAAGACUCAAAACAUCAUGUAUGACAUGAUUUCUGACUUAAAUGAAAGAAGUGAAGAUUUUGAGAAGAGAAUUGUUACUCUGGAAGCUAAACUGGAAACUUUAAUUGGUAGCAUUCAAGCUCUUCCUGGACUGAUUAGCCAGACAAUCAGCCAGCAACAAAGGGAUUUCCUCGAGGCUCAGAUACAAAAUUAUGAUAAGCAUGUUGCCUACAGUGCUGAACGAUCACGAUCUUUGUCAAGAAGAAGGAGAUCAUCCUCUACAGCGCCACCAACUUCAUCAGAGAGUAGCUAGAAGAGAAUAAGUUAACCACAAAUAAAAGACUUUUUGCCAUCAUAUGGUCAAUAUUUUAGCUUUUAUUGUAAAGCCCUAUGGUUCUAACCAGUGUUAUCUGGGUUCUGAUGUCAGAAUCCUGGAAACCUGAACACGUUUUAGGCCAAAAUGAGUGAAAACUCUUCUUUUUUUCCCCCUCCUCCUCUCAGAUGCGCAGUGAAUGCACCUAUUAUUGCUCUAUUAGAUUGUUCCUCCUGUAAUUUCACUAACUUUUUUUCAUGCACUUCAAACAAACCUUACUACUACAAUAUAAUAUAAUAAAAUA